AUGGCCCCACAGGGAUCCCGCCUGGCUCUCCUGUCCCUGCUCUGCCUCCCCCGCUCCACGGCGAACACCCCGUAUGACAAAUUCCUCAAGCAGCACGUGGACUUCCCCAAGUCGUGGGCGGAGAACGAGCUGCCACGUGGACUUCCCCAAGUCGUGGGCGGAGAACGAGCAGCGCUACUGCACCACCAUGAUCGCAGCAGCAGCUGCCAGCCCAGGAACACCUUCCUCCACGCCAGCGAGGCCCAGCUCAGAGCUGUGUGCCGCUCAGGGGCCAGCCAGGGGCCAGACGUCCGCGACAGCCAGGGCACCUUCCGGCUCACCGUCUGCACCCGCCGGCCCAAGGGCCCCUGCCUCUACCAGGGCAGCUCCACCACGGCCCGCAUCCGCCUGGCCUGCCGCGACGGGUCGCCCGUCCAGUACCUGCGGCGCCUCUAG